GAAGCGCGCACGUUGAGCUGGCUUCGCCGGGGCUGCCUGCGCCGGGGCUGCCUUCUGAUCAUGUCUUCCAAGAAGAACAGAAAGCGGUUGAGCCAAAGCGCGGAAAAUGGCUCGCCGUUGCUCGCGGCUCCUUCGGCUGGCUCAGACUUCGCGGCGGCAGCCGGGACUCUGGUGGUGACCAACUUCCUAGCAAAGGAUGACAAAAUUCCUAAAACAUUCCAGAAUUCCCUUGUUCAUCUUGGACUCAACACUAUGAAGUCUGCAAAUAUAUGUAUAGGUCGACCAGUGUUGCUUACCAGUUUGAAUGGAAAGCAAGAGGUCUAUACAGCCUGGCCUGUGGCAGGAUUUCCUGGAGGCAAGGUUGGCCUGAGUGAAGUGGCACAGAAGAACGUGGGUGUAAGGGUUGGUGAUGCCAUCUGGGUCCAGCCUCUCGUGGGUGCUGUGCUACAGGCUGAGGAAAUGGACGUGGCACUGAGUGACAAAGAUAUGGACAUUAAUGAAGAAGAACUGGCUGGUUGUAUCCUGAGGAAACUAGAUGGGAAGAUUAUUUUACCAGGCAACUUUUUGUAUUGUACAUUCUACGGACGACCGUGCAAGAUGCAAGUGUUGCGAGUGAAAGGAGCUGAUGGCAUGAUGUUGAAAGGGCCUCAGAAUGACUCUGACACUGAUGCCCACGGAGUGGCCUCUGAACGGUCCAGCGUGGAAACCAGUAGCCUGGAUUUAUCCUUACAGCUAAGCCAGUUAGAUCUGGAAGAGCCCCAGAAUCCAGCAGCAAGAAGUACUCCUUGUAAACCAGUAGAUGACAGACUUACAAAUAAAGCUCGUGAUGUUUCGUUGGAUGUUACACAGAGUCCUGGGCAUGGCAGUGGGCUUGGACUGGAAGAAGUAACAGGUCUUAAAUGUAGUUUUGAGUCUGCCAGAAAAGGAAAUAAGCAACUUAAAAAUGACGAGAGACUGCUAAAAUCCCCCAGCGUGGGAGCAAAGUGCAAUACGGAUGCUUUUUAUUUUAUUUCUUCAACAACAAGAAUCCGUUUUAUAAAGAGUCGUACAAACUCAAAACAGCGAGAUAACAAAUUCAGAGUAACUUACGACAUGAUAGGAGGCUUAAACAGUCAGCUGAAAGUAAUUAGAGAAAUGAUCGAAGUGCCUCUCAAACAGCCCAAACUUUUCAAGAGUUAUGGAAUUCCUGCCCCUAGAGGAGUGUUACUCUAUGGCCCUCCAGGUACUGGAAAGACAAUGAUUGCCAGGGCUGUUGCUAACGAAGUCGGAGCCUAUGUAUCUGUAAUUAAUGGUCCUGAAAUUAUAAGCAAAUUCUAUGGUGAGACUGAAUCAAGGUUACGUCAGAUAUUUGCUGAAGCCACUCUACGACACCCAUCAAUUAUUUUUAUUGAUGAGCUGGAUGCACUUUGCCCUAAAAGAGAGGGGGCUCAGAAUGAAGUGGAAAAAAGAGUUGUAGCUUCACUCUUAACACUGAUGGAUGGCAUUGGUUCAGAAGGAAGUGAAGGACAAGUGUUGGUCCUUGGGGCCACAAAUCGCCCUCAUGCUUUGGAUCCUGCACUCCGAAGACCUGGACGAUUUGAUAAAGAGAUUGAGAUUGGCAUUCCUAAUGCUCAGGACCGGCUAGAUAUUCUCCAGAAACUGCUUCGAAGGAUAGCCCACUUGCUCACUGAAGCUGAACUGCUACAGCUGGCAAAUAGUGCUCAUGGAUAUGUUGGAGCAGACUUGAAAGCCUUGUGUAAUGAAGCAGGUCUCUGUGCCAUGCGGAGAGUCCUGAGGAAACAGCCUAACCUCACUGAUAGCAAAGUUUCUGACGUGGUGAAGAUUACUCUGAAUGAUUUCUUGCAGGCAAUGAAUGGCAUCAGGCCCAGUGCCAUGAGGGAGGUAGCAGUUGAUGUCCCAAAUGUAUCCUGGUCAGAUAUAGGAGGACUGGAAAACAUCAAACUGAAAUUGAAACAGGCUGUUGAAUGGCCCUUGAAACAUCCAGAGUCUUUCGUCCGAAUGGGUAUUCAGCCACCUAAAGGAGUUCUUCUGUAUGGGCCACCUGGAUGUUCUAAAACAAUGAUAGCAAAGGCUUUGGCCAAUGAGAGUGGACUGAAUUUUCUAGCUAUAAAGGGGCCUGAAUUAAUGAAUAAAUAUGUUGGCGAAUCUGAAAGAGCAGUUAGAGAGAUCUUUCGAAAAGCGAGAGCAGUGGCUCCUUCCAUUAUUUUCUUUGAUGAACUUGAUGCCUUAGCAGUUGAAAGGGGCAGUUCCAUAGGUGCUGGGAAUGUAGCCGACCGUGUUUUGGCUCAGCUCUUAACAGAGAUGGAUGGAAUUGAACAGCUAAAGGAUGUGAUAAUUUUGGCAGCGACUAACCGCCCGGAUAGGAUAGACAAGGCUUUGAUGCGACCUGGAAGAAUUGAUAGAAUCAUCUAUGUGCCUUUACCAGAUGCAGCAACAAGAAGGGAAAUAUUUAACCUGCAGUUUCACUCUAUGCCAAUCAGUGAGGAGGUUGACUUGAAUGAACUAAUCCUCCAAACUGAUACAUACUCAGGAGCAGAGAUUAUAGCCGUCUGUAGAGAGGCAGCUCUUCUGGCUCUAGAAGAAAACAUUCAAGCCAACCGCAUUAUGAAAAAGCAUUUCACUCGAGCCUUGAGCACUGUGACACCUAGGAUUCCUGAGUCACUGAGACGUUUUUAUGAAGAUUAUCAAGAGAAGAGUGGGCUACAUACACUCUAAGAAAAUAUAGAUGUUCAUUAUGCAAAAAAUCCUUUUCAGAGGAAAUUUGUUUCUUUUUAAAAUUUUUGUCUUGAGAAUGUUCAGAAAAAUCUUUAAUAGGCAAAAUGUCUGAAAUAUGUUCACGAGAAUUGAGGGGCUUCAGUUGUUAUAGAUAUUUUGAAGUAUAUGUGUACAUGGUUCAGACUCAGGGCAUGAGUUUAAAUCACUUUUAUCUGGAAAUGUGUGGUAAGUUUUAAAAAGCAAAUGUUUAGCUUUUUCAUUUUUGACCUGGUCUAUUCAUCCCAUGAAACGAUUCCGUUACUUUAGAAUCUGUUUCAGUGUCCUCCUAAAUGCCAAACCUGUGGGCAUCAAUUUUAUACAAGAACAUAGAAGAUGUAUAUGGAGAAAUGCAUAGUGAAAAAUACUCACUGUUUUAUUUUGGAAGGCCAGCUGAUGAUACGACCAAAUGUGCCAGCCAGGCUUAUGGGGCCUUGUUUCCAAAUAUGUGUUUUCAUUAUAGUUCACACCCGCAUUUUCACUUUAGCUUUCUUAACCUGUACCUAUGAUAAGAAGUUCUUAAACUUAAGAGUUAUUUCAUAUAAUACAAUGCCCUUUGAAAGUUUAAAAAAUUACAAAUGUAAGCCCAGUCUAAGCCUAGAGCAGUAGGCAUGGUUUUUUCCAUGAAGUGCUAGAAAUAAAUCAUAUGAAGUGUUCGUGUUUUAACUCAUACAUAUUUUCAGGUUACCAGUAAACUUUUCAGUUCAAAGGUAAACCAAAUUAUACUCUUAAUCAUAUCAUCUUAUGUUGCAUUCUAAAUACGUGUAUUUAUACUCCUACCUAUUUUACCUUAGGAUUUCUUGACACUUUAAUACUCUAUAAAUAACCCUUGAAAAAGCUUUUGGACAGUGAUUUUCUGACUUUCAGAUCAGACGCUGGCAGUGGAAAGAAUGCUCACUUAAACUUGGUCACUAUGGAUCUUUGAAAAUCCCCGGAAAGACAGGUCAGAUAAGAAAUACCUGAUUAUCAAAAUAAUGGCUAUACAGUUUUGUGGUGACAGAUAUUCUGAAGUCACAUCUCAACUGUUUCAUCCUGUGGCUAUCAGAAAUAAAUCACCCAAAGGACUAAGAAUAUUACUAUUUAGAACUAUGUUGUGAAAUAUAAUAACCACUAAUUACACAUGGCUAUUUAAAUUAAUUAAAAUUAAAUACUAUUAAAAUUUUAGUUUAUCAGACAUGUUAGCCACAUUUCAAAUGCUCAAUAGCCAUAUGUGACAAGGGUCUACCAUACUUGACAGAAUAGAUUAUAGAAUAUUUCCAUCAUUCAGAAAGUUCUGUUGGACACUGCUGGUGUAGAAAAUAAGGCUUACACACUGAAAUAAAUAAAUAUACCUCAAAAGUAUUAAAUAAAUAAAUAAACCUCAAAAUUACCUUCUUGCUUUUCAUUUUCCCUUUAGUUAUUAAAAGAAAUAUGAAAAUAGAGGAGCUUAACUUCUUCCCUAUUAAAUGGAUGGCUGAGGGCACAAGAAAAUAAGAGAAAAACUUAUCCCCAAGGGCCUAAACAAGAAAAUGAAAGAAAUCUCAUUCCCAAUAAAAUGAAAACCAGAGGGUAAGCUGAAAUGACACUGAGACCCUGGGGCUCUGAGCUGGGGGCUGGGCAGGAGGGUAACAAUCUCUGUCAACAAGGAGUUCGGACAUUAAUGGCCACUCAAAGCCUUCAGCACAUAUGACAUAUGAGGUUAUAAUUGAACCUCACACAUAACGCCCAGAUCUUCAAUGACCAACACCCUCAGUGUAAGGUAGACUAGAAAAGAAAUUCUCUUGCCGGCCAGGAAGACCACAAGGAACCUAAAAUAAAAUUAAAUAAAUAAAUAAGAGGCCCCUCUAUGAAUUCUGAUUGUGGGCUUAAACUGUCCAUGGCUUCGAGGUUUGAAUUCACACUACCUUCAAAUUCUUAGAACCGCAAAACCUAGAAGUUGACAUAGAAACAUGGCCCCAAUCUAGAAAUAUCCGUGGGGUGACUAGAAGUUGUACUAGUUAGAGGAAUAGCCUCAUCUCAGCCACAGAGGGUUCCAACAGCUAAAACUCUGCUUAUAAAGAACUUGUAAUCCCAGAGGAUGCAGAGCAGUGGGGCUUUAUGUCUGCUGGUGGGAGCAUAAAUUUGUACAACCACUUUGUAAAGCAUUUGGCAUAGCUAGUAACAUUGAAGACCUUAUAAUCCAACAAUCCUCUUAGGUGCAUAUCCCAGAGCAAGUAUCACAUCUGUACAAUGAGAUAAUGAAUAAGAAAGUUCAUAGCACCAUUAUUUGUAAGUCAUAAGAACUUGGAAAUCUAAAUAUUCAUCAGUAAGAGAAUGGAUUUAUAUGGAAUAGUCAUACAAUGGUAUACUAUGGCAAUAAAAAAAUAAUUAGAGCUACAUGAAAAACAGGGAUGAAACUCAGAAACAAAAUUGAGCAAAAAAAGGCAUGUCUUAGAAAACCAUGAUAAUUAUUUAAAGUUUAAAGAAUGAAAAGUAAUAUGCACUGUUUAUGGGGACUUGUAGUGAAAGACUACAUGAAUGAGAAAGAAAAGCACCAAAUACUGGGGAGGAAUUUCCACAGAGGAGAAAAGUUGGGGCACUUCAAUUGUAUCAGUAAUGUUUCAUAUCUUUAGCUGGGCAAUGGCAAUACAGAUGCUGAUUUAAUAUAGUCUACACAUUUUGUAUACCUAAGUAUUUCAUGGCAAUUUUUUAAAGAUGGGCCUCGAACCAACAUAAUCGUAUCAUUCAGCUCAAUUCCAUGGACUUCGAUGUAUUCCACAGUACCCACAACCCCGUGUGUUUGGAAAAUCAGGAGUGUUGUGUCUGAUGGAAUAAAAUACAAGAAGUCAAAUAAGAGAUCAAGCUUUUAGGACCCAGGAAACAAGUUGAGAGAAAAUUGUUGAUGCAAGUUAGUGUGUAGGUGAUACUCCCAUAUCCUCACAGCAUGGGAGACAUUAAAUAUGGGAGUAAGACAUCUGUUUCCAUAGCAUUGUAGUACUUCAAAGGCGUUAGAAGUUAAGAAUUUAAAAAUAUUUUAGAGCACUACAUCUUUAAUCUGUCAUAAACCAAUUAUUUAUAUCUCCAGAUAACCAAUUAUUACCCUUGGAAGGGCAUGCUUUUCCUUUAUUUGAAGUUUGUACCCUUUUUCCAACAGUAGCUGUGAAAAUCUGAGUCACACAAAAGAGCAGGUCAGGUGUCGCUAAUAACAGUUUACUCCAGCUUCAUCUCCAUGAGGGUGUUACUUCUAAUUCCAAAGUCUUAUGUUUAUGGAUUUAACAGAGUGUAUGAUCCUAUUAUUUGGGUUUGCUUGAGACAGAAUACAUGGUAUAGUUCAUGGAAAAUUUAAGUUCAGUGAGGAAAGAAAAUGAGUGGCUUCCUGUCUUAGGAAGACAAUUUCCUUUUUGGCGUCUGUUUGCUCAAAAGUUUGCCUUUGGUCUAGAUUCUUUGGGAAUUUCAAGGAUGUUCACAUUGACAUGUCUUUUCAGAGUUCCUGGAGAUUUUGGUUUGAAUGGUAUAGUUAAUUUUUUCUUCUAACAAUGAAACUUAGCAGAAUGGCUUCUAACUUUUAUUUCUUCAUAGCCAAGAAAGUGCCCUAACUUAGCUUGAAAAAUACUUAGUUGUCUUAUUUCUAAUGUGUCAAACAAGUUUUACAAAUAAUGUAUAGGUCUUUCAUUUUUGAAAAAUGAUUGAAUUUAUAGAAGAACCAAACAAGCUUAUGUUUAAUUUAUCUUAAUUUGGAGGCUACAGAAAAGUUGCUGUAGAGAUAGAAUAAAAUUAUUUCCUUUAUCUGUUGUUAAUAAAGUUCCUGAAUGUGAGGUUA